AAAAAAAAAAAAAAAAAAAAAAAUCCAAAACGAAGAAAAAGCACAAAAAUAUGUCACUGUUCGAGAAUCCGGACAACAUACGCAUGCUACGCGAUUUGCUCACACCACCUGAGGAGCGAGACAACUCGGACACAGACGAGGAUGAGCCAGUCGCCAGCACACAAGCCAAACGCACCAAUUUCACGCCCGCACAUUUUGGCAACAGCUGCAGUAGCGACAAACAAGCGGCAAAAACCGGCGAACGCCCACAGCCCACAAACAUCGAGGAAUGGCAAAAGCAACAGGAGCAGGAGGACAAUGAGAUUUUAGAGAGACGCAAGCGACCGGAAUACAACAUGACCUAUCGGCAGGCGGUGGGCACAGAGGAUCUCUAUCUGCAGAUGGGUAAUCGCACUAAUGCCACGGCCAGUUGUGAGGAUUUGUUACUGGAGAUAUUGCUGCCCGACGAGACGACACCGGCGGAUAAAAUGGAUUUGUCAAUUACCGAAGAUGAAGUGGAUUUGGCGACGCCAAUUUAUCGCCUCAAAUUGCCACUGCCACACAAGGUGAAUGUGGACCGUUGUCGUGCCAAAUAUAUUGCAGAGCAGCGCAAACUCUGUCUGACGUUGAGACUGCAACGGGAAUUCGAUUAUGUGAACUUUUAGAAGGGGAGGCGGCAGAACGUUAAGCUGCUCAAAUCGCCAGCGAAUGCGACUGCAUACUAUAGCAAGAGAAAACAAAAACAAAACUAAAAAUAAAAACAGAAGAAUGGAAGGAAAGGGCGGUAGGCUAUGGCACUGCAGUGGAUUUGUUUUUCGCUCUAUUUUGGUUUGCAAUAAAUAUUAUUGAGCAGCUAAUAAAUGUGUGCUUGUAUA